AUGAAAAGAAACAAAUAUGGAAGAGAUUCAUAUGAAUAUAAAAGGGUCAAGAAGGAAGAUUCUUACAUUCAUUCAGAUAAGAAAAAAUAUGAUGAAGAUAAAUUGAGCGAAGCUACGGAUCAGGAAAAAAAAUCUAAAAACAAUGAAAAGUAUAAACAUGAACAUGCCAGUAAUUUAAAUAUGAAAAGAAAUAAUUCAAUUUUUCAUAAUGGAGAUGAUAAUGAAAAUAACAUACAUUCAAUUUAUACAUCAAAAGAACACAUCAAUGAUAAUAUUAAUAGUAGAAACAAGUCACAUGUGAUUCAAACAAAAUAUAGUAAAGGUAAUCUUGAUACUAUUAUUCCUCCUUCAGAUAAUUAUAAUAAUACAUCAAAAAUGAGUGUAAAGUAUAGAAAGAUGUCGAGUACUUAUGGAAAUUUGCAUAAAAAUGUGUUGACCAGUUCAUCAAACCAAAAAGAUAUAAAAAGUGAACAAAAUAUAAACGCUGAAAAAAAAGAAAGCUUUGUUAAUAAUAUUAUCGAUUUAAAAAAAAGUGAAUUAUUUAUUAAGGAAGAUAAAUCAGAAGAAGAAAUAAACAAUAAUUUAAUAAACAAAUUUUAUGGAGAUAUAAAAAUAAAAAAAACAAAUAAUAAUAUUAUUAAAGCAAGUUAUGAUGUUAUUCGAAAGAAAAUUAAUACAGAUAUAAAAUUAAAUGAUAUAUUAGAUAUGAUAAAAUUACCAGAAAGUGAAAAUUUAGAUAAUGAUUUAAAAACACCAUGUAUUAGUAAUCAAAAAAUAAUUAAUGAUAUUCUGAAUGAGGGAAAAAGUAAUGUUAACCCUAAUUCUCCUUACCAAUUUUAUAAUGAUUUAUGGACAUUUCCUUUAGAAAUGUUAGAUAAAUAUAUAUUUAAAAAUAAAAAUCAUGAUUACAAAAAAUGGAUAUCAAAUUGUACAACAUUAUUUGUUUUAGGUUUACCUUUUCAAAUGAAUGAAUACAAUUUACUUCAUAAUUUAAUAGAUGUAUAUUACAUGAAUAAAAAUUACGAUGGUCUAUUAGAUAUAAUAGACAUAAAUAAAGAAGAUAGUUUGUUUAAUCAUUUAUAUUUAUAUUCAUAUAUAAAUCAACCUAAAAAUAAAUAUAAUUUACUAUCAGAAAAAUUGGGUAUAUUAAAAUUUGAUUUAUUAUUUGGAAGUGAAUAUCAUCUAGCAAAAAAUGAAAUGUUAAAUUCAUAUUUAAAUAACAAAUAUAAAGAAUUUUAUAAAAUUAACUGUAAUACAGGUGCUAUGGGUUUACUAUAUUUUAAAAAUGAACAAUGUGCUAUGGAUUUUUGGAUGAUGUAUAAUAAUUAUUCAUCAUCGUUUUAUGAAAAAUAUUUAAAAUGUAUACCCGAUAUUAAUGGAAUUAAAAUUUAUAUAGAGGCAUCAAUGUUUUAUUUAACUCCAGAUUUGUUCUUAACACAAAUUAAUUAUAGUGAAUUAAAUGCAGUAUUAAAUAAUAUACAAAAGAAAAAAGUGAAUAUACUUCAAAUAUUUAAUGAUAUUAAAAUAUAUUAUAAUGAAUCUUCUAUAUGGAAUCUUAUAUUCUGCAAUAAAAAUAUUGAACAGUUUUUUAAAAUGAAAAAAAAUAACGAAAAUGUAAAUGAAAAUGUAAAUGAAAAUGUAAAUGAAAAUGUAAACACAAAUACAAACACAAACACAAAUACAAACACAAAUACAAACACAAAUACAAACACAAACACAAACACAAAUACAAAUACAAAUACAAAUACAAACACAAAUACAAAUAUAAACACAAAUACAAACACAAAUACAAACACAAACACAAAUACAAAUACACACACAAAUACAAAUACAAACACAAAUACAAACACAAAUACAAAUACAAAUACAGACGACCACACUAAUAUGAACAAUAAUAAUAUUAAUAAAAAUAUAGACUUUUUAUCCAACCAUUUUUGCAUAUCCUUUCCAUACGUUUCUCAUUUUAAAGAUAACUUUUUAAUUCGCAUAUAUGAUACUUAUAUAAAUAAAUAUUUAAUUAAUAACGGGUUUUGCUUAUUUGCUUGCCCAUAUCUUGAUAAAAAAGGAGGGAAAAGAGUUUAUGAAUUUUUUAAAAAAUUUCAUUUAUUAGACUGGUUCUAUAACCCAAAUGAUGAAACAUGUUAUUUUUAUUUAUUUAAAACAAUUUUGAAUGUAUUUUCUAUAUUCAAAAGAAAUUUUAAAACAACAUCUGAUUAUUACAUUUGUUGUUCACUUUUUUUAAAAUUGCCUUUCGGUAUACUUCCAGGAAUUUAUAUUACGUGCUUAACAAAUAUGAGGGAUAAAAAUAUCCAAGAAAGUGAUUACAUCAAAAUUAGUGAUUAUCAAAAUAUAAGUGGUAGUCAAAAUAUAAAUACUAGUCAAAAUAUAAAUACUAGUCAAAAUAUAAAUACUAAUCAAAAUAUAAGUAGUAGUCAAAAUAUAAAUACUAGUCAAAAUAUAAGUACUAAUCAACAUAUAAGUAGUAGUCAAAAUAUAAGUACUAGCCAAUAUCAUCUUGAUCACAAAACUGUAAACAAUAUUGAGAAUAACACAUUUGCACACAACAAUGAAAAUACAAAAAAUACAUUAAAUAAUUUGAAUAAUUACCCAAAUAUAAAUUCCCGGGAUAAUAUUAUAUCAGACAUUAUGGAUAACAACUGUGUGCAAAAUAACAGUUCUGAUUCCAAAAAAAAUCUGAACAUGUCAGGUGAUUUGGUGGAAAAAAAAAAAAAAAUGCAGCAAGCUAUUUUGAAAAAAAGCGAAAAGCUAGCUAUGAAAAAUGAAGCUAUAUUAAUAAAUAGCAAGAAUGAUGAUAAUAAUGAAGUGUUAUUAAUAAAUAGUAAUUCUAAACACAAUCAUGACAUAAUACAAAUAAAUGGGGAUAUAAAAAACGAUAAUAAUAAAUUAACGAAUACAUGUUUUCUAUUAAAAAAAGAAAUUGUAAAAAAUGUAUCCUACCAAAAUUUGGACACACAUGAAGAAAAAAUAAAUAUAUCUGAACAAAAUACAAAGGAUAACAAUUUAAAUACACAAAUCAAAGAUAUGAAUGGGAAUAAGAAGAACGAGCAAGAAGAUAAUAAAAAAAAAGAUAUUACAGAUUAUGAAACUAAUUAUGAUGAUACGGAUGAUCAUUCAAGUGAUGACGAUGUAUAUGAAGAAGAUUUUCAUGACGAAUACGAAAAGAAGAAGAGCAAGAAAAGAAAUAAAAAAUUAUCACUUUCAAAAAAUAAUAUAAAGGAAAAGGAAAAGUUUGUAACAAAUAAUAUUUCUGUAACAAUACUUACAAAAAAAAGAAAAGAGUCAUUAAAAAAAAAUGCAAAGGAAAAAAAUAUAAAUUCUACUAAUAUUAUUAAAAAGACUAAAAAUAUUGUAAAUAAAUCUAAAAGUGUACUUCAAAAAAAAAAUUGA